AUGACCUUUUCCACCCAGGUUACUAUAAAGCCAAACUCUCCCCGUCCUGCUACACGUAAGGUCGAGAAAUGGUCCCAAAUGGUUGAGCAGGUAGAACGUACCUUUGACUAUAUGCUUAACUGGAACGUCGAAGAGUACUGGGCUGAUAGUAGGCUACAAACGCUGCAAAGCUACGGAAGAGAUUAUCAGACAGAAAUCGAACGGUUCAACAGGAAUGGCCUUUAUGAAGCUGAACGUUUGGAGAAUCUUGAAAUCAGAGAUGAUCCUAGGGAGACCCUAGCUCGGCGUAACGAGGCUGCGAGGGCACUAGACUACUCGAAGUUUCUUGAAGGGUUAAUCAUUGAAGCUGAGGUGGAAAUGCGAAAACAUAUUCUCCGAAUGAUCUAUGCGGAGCGGGAAUUAGAAGUGCGUCGAGGCCUGGAAAACUACUAG